UACAAACAUGACAAUGACACUUUGUUUGUAUAUCUUAAACCCGGAAUAUAUAGUUUAACAGUAUUCUUAUCGCUGCAGCUGAACAUUGAUUACAGUCUAACAAUGAUUUGGUGUGUUUUUUCUAUUUUUUUAACUGUUCAAUCAAUAGAAAACACAAAGUUUGAGACAUGGGAAAAGUGGAUUCCGCCAUUUGUUAGCAGAACUGAUCUACUUUGCCCGACCGAUCUUUGUACGCUAGAUGUGACACUAAAUGUUACAUCGAAAAAUGGUUGCUGCACUUGUUUGGCUAAACCAUCUUGGAAAUUUAACCCAUGGAUUUAUGAUUUAGUUUUGAAGUAUACGCGAAGAGGGGGUAUAGCUCAACUCAUAGGGGAAAUAACAGUUAAUUCAAGAUUGGUACAUAAUAAUGGAUUUUUAUCACAUUUACCAUACAAUUUAUGCAAUUUCGUGAAUAUCGUAGAAAUAGAAGCCACUUACAAUAAAAUUUCCUCAAUUGGGAACAUAUCGUGUUUACAGAUGCUCGAUACGCUUGAUUUGAGUUAUAAUUCGAUUGAGUCAAUUGGGAAUAGCACGUUUAAGCAUUUACCUUUAUUAAGAGAAUUACGUUUGUCUCAUAAUGGAAUAAAAACCGUAGAACCAUUUACUCUGGCGGGAACAACGAUGUCUAUUUUUUGGGUCGAUUUAUCCUGGAACAAUAUGACGAAACUUGAUAUAAGUAAUGUGGUCUCAGAAUAUCAGUUCUGUCGGUAUGAUUUCUCUUCAAACAAAAUUAUUCAAAUAGUAAAUGAACAAAAUUUUCAAUUUGAUGUCAACAAAUAUUAUGUGGGAGGAUUCCUUAAUUUGGAUUCUAAUGAUUUCACACACUGGUUUGACGUCAAAGAUCUAGGAUUACACGAUAUGACAAUUUUAGGAAAAUUCUUUCGAAUACGAUUAUCUUUGCAAAAUAUGAAUUGGACUUGUGAUUGCCGAAUGGAACCGUUCUUUGCACUUUCACGAGAUGCGUUAAAAAGAAUGUCGCGUGAUUACUUUAAUGUUAUAUGUUGGGAUCCACCAGAAUAUCGGGGACUGUCGGCUACAGAACAUUUUCUGAAAAGGGAUAGACUUGAUUUGCUAAUUUGUAACAAAACGUCUGCUGAUAAAUGUCCGAAAAAGUGUCACUGUUUUUAUCAACCGAAAAACAGAAGAACUGUGAUCAAUUGUACUAGUGUUGGAUUAAUUGCAUUGCCAAAGUUUGUUCCGGAAGGAGAUAAUUUGACUUUGCUAUUAGAUGGUAACAAUAUAGAGUUUUUAGAACAUCGAGAAUAUUUCAACAGAUCGUCUGUCAUUAGCAUAUCAAAUAAUAAACUAAAUAGCAUAGCAAGCAAUGCCAUUGGAUCUAUAGGCAGUAACACGGUUCUUGAUUUGUCUGGUAACAGUAUAAAUGAGUUGCCUCGAGAUAUUCAAUCGUUUGAUCCCUGUAUAAUGAAAUUGGGAAUUAUAAAAAUAUCUUGCAGUUGUAAUGAUCAUUGGCUUGUAAACUGGGUGAAAAACAAGCGCGCAGAAAAAUGCAAAAAUAUCACUGAAAUUAUCUGUUUUAUCGACGAUGGGUAUGUUUCAACGAUUGGUUUAGAUUUAGGAAAUUACUGCAAUGAUGACUCUAAUUUGACAUUUUUUAACAUCUUAUUUGGAUUAAUAAUUGCUCUGCUCUUAGGAAUUUGUGGUUUAAUGUAUACAUUCCGCUACGAAUUGUUUAUUUUAAAGAGAAAGUUUGUGAAUCAGAAAUCUUCGAAAAUAUACCCAUUACUAAAAUACGAUGUUUUCUUAUCUUUUGAUGACAAUGACACUGAACUGCGUUUUUGGGUAAUGAAAACAUUGGCUUCCUACUUGAAAGGCGCAUGUUAUAAGACUUUCAUACCGUGUAGAGAUGGUAACAUCGGGGAAGUCAGAGAAGAAGCCAUGAUUGAUAAUAUAAAUGUUUGUAAAAACUAUAUAGUCAUACUCUGUGACAAAUAUCACACUGAAGAUACGUUUUGGACAACCAUUGAAUGGAAGUACAUUUGGCAUAACUUUAAACAAAAUAAGGAAAGACAAAUCAUACUUUUGAAUUACCAUCAGUUAGAGUCGUCAGAGGUCCGUGAAAUUAAACUUAAAGCUUUUAUACGAGUUGGUACAGAUAUUGACUUUUCAAACAGGAAGCAUACUUUGUUACAGGACAUUCAAGAUAGAUUAGGUUCCCCAAUUCUUACAACCAAUUAUUCUUUUUAAUUUCUUUUAAGCUGUAAUUAUUCAUCUUAAAUUCAUUUCUGUAUACUAGUAUAUAUAGCAUACGUGUCAUUCUGCAUCUUAUAAGUAAAAGCUAUAUACAAUGUGUACUAGUCAACAAAAGUAACGAUACACAAGUUCGAACUCAAAUUUAACUUAAGAUAUAAUAAAUAGGAAAAACAGCUAAAUUGUCCAAUGAAAACAUUCAAAUGUAUAUGAUUAAAAGAAUCUGACUAAAUUGGAAAAUGAGAAACACCGGGUUAUGGGGAAAUGAAGACAAAAGUCGGCACUUACUUUCGAGAUAAGAAUUAAGUAUUCAAAUAUCUUCAAAGCCAUUCAAAAUUUUAGGUUAAACCAUGUCUAAAGUUUUAAGUUAAAAUAUCGAUUUUUGAU